UGUGUUUCUUUCUGGGAAACAGAAAGUGAAAGAAGGAAUGAGUUCAGAAGUCAGAGAUAAUAUUGUGACAAUGGCGUCGGACGAGGAUUUCUCUCUGCCGGAGGUGAAAACUCUGCCGUUUGAAGAGACUUUAGAUGGAAUCCAGACUUUAAUCGCCAACAACAAGGCGAAGUACGAUCAGCUGAUUGAGGAGCAGAAUGAGCUGACUGACCUCAGGAAGGAUCAUCAGGAGAUGACGCAGAAGCUUCAGCACCGAUGCGACAAACUGGUGAAGACUCUGGAGAAUGAGCAGCAGUUCUACAUGGACGAGCUCACCAAGGAAAUGGUAAAGGUGAAUUCACUGAAGCAGGAGGAGGAGCAGAUCAUGGACGAGAUCCAGAAAGUGGAAGCGGCCUUGCUGGAGGAGACGGCCAAAUAUCACCACCUGAGAGAGCAGGCCGACGUGUUCAGCAGCAUGCCAGAGAAGACAGUCGCCUUCACUGGGGUGACGACAAGUGCGACCAACGCACCGACGUUUGAAACGAAAUCGCGUAUCGUUUACCCGAUGGACGGGGGGACGGCGCUGAUCACGUUCGAGGAGGAAGUCGUGGCCAAGAAGAUCCUGACCCUGAAGCAGCAUAAGGUGAAUCUGACUGAAGAGACUUUCAUCACAGUGGAGGCCGAGGCUGUCACACUGAUUCUGCCCAAACUGGUGGAGAUCGAGUCUGAAGUUUGUCCCAGACGCAUCUUAAUCUCCAACCUUCCCAAAAUGGACAGGGAGACAAUGCUGGACAAGCUGAACAUCCACUUCCACAGGCGUAAAGACGGCGGCGGGGAGGUGGAGUCCUGCGAGUUCCUGGCCGACUCUGGGACGGUGGUCCUCACAUUCACGGAUAAAGACAUUGCCAAAGGUUUGACUGACACCGAGUUCCACGGUGUGCAGCUGCAGAAGAAGAAGAAGCACAGAGUCAGAGUGACGCCUUUCCUCAAUGGAACUGUUACAAAGUUAGAGACCAGGAUGAAGGUGUGUCCUCGUACAGUGCUGCUGACCGGGAUCCCCGCGGUCAUGGAGCAGGAGACUCUGCAGGACCUGCUGGAGAUCCACUUCCAGAAGAGCGUGAGCGGCGGAGGAGAGAUCGAGGCCUGCCUCUACAACCCGACGGGUCAGCAAAUCUCCGCGCUGUUCGAGAGCGUCGUGCCCAAAGUGGAGAAGAAGCAGUAGAGCGGACUCCUGCUGCUGCUGCUGCUGCUGCUGCUGCUGCUGCUGCUGCUGCCACCACUCGUCCAGACCGGAAGCAUCUGAGCGUCUGGUUUUACCUCCUGAAAUGAAGUCUUGUUCAUCAUAGACCUUAUUUUCAGACGAGACAAGACACUCGCCUUUUUACCUUUGUGCCAGCCUAAUGUCAUUAGGUCCUUGAAAUCCUUGAAAAAUGUCUGUCCUGGUUUAUGUCACCAUGUUCCACCAAUAAUAACACAACACAAAUCAGCAACUGUC